CGCCCCAACUUCCGCCAGAAGCCUGCCGUCACUCACAGCCGCCUCCCGCCCAAGCGGUGACGUAGCAUCCUUUUCCGCUAGAUCUGCGCUCCAGACGGAGUUCCACAGAGCUUGGGAGCUGCUGCGCUGCCGAGCUGCUUCUUUGCCGCGCUGCCGAACUGCUCCGCUGCCGAGCUGCUGAGCUGCAGAAUCUGGCGCUUGGAGCUGCGAAUCUCGGCGAGAUUUCGCGUUGCCCAUCCUGAUCCAUUUUACUGAUCUGAUAAUCAUUAGCGGAUCGCUUUGCCAAGAGCUGGGAAGAACAAAGGAAUCGGGAAGGAGACGCUGGGCCCCGGCCACUUUGCUGCGAGUGGCUUCCUUUUCCUUUCGCUUCGGUCCGGAGAGACUGGAUUUAUAAUCGUCACUGGAUUGUAAGUACCCGAGGCGAAGAGAGCUCACUACGCCCCGCUUCUUGAAUAUCUUUGUUCCGGGAGAGUUUGUGCAUUGAAAGUUUCUGCUGCGCCUUCCUUUCUGUGCCAAAAAUCCUUCCGUAGGAGCGGCCAUUUGCUUUCCUGCUAGCUAGCUCUCCCUGGUGGCUGCAGCGGCAUCUAGAGGUUGGAACUUGGCAUUGCAGCUAAUAGAUUUAAAAGGACUUAAUAAGUGUUUGUAACCACUGGUAUUCAGUCACAGCGUCUUUAGAAAGACUUGGGCCUUAAUUCACAAUAGACGCUUAGGUGCUUUUCUACUUAGAGCUUUUUGUACUUAAAGACUUCAAUUUAUGACGAACUAGUCUUUCUGUUGACAUAGCCGGAACUUUUUAGUCCAACAAGUGGUUGAUAGAGAAAAAGUGAGUCACAGAGAAAUAAAGAUGAGUAAGAGCAAAGACGAUGCUCCUCAUGAACUGGAGAGCCAGUUUAUCUUACGCCUACCUCCGGAAUAUGCCUCUACGGUGAGGCGGGCAGUACAGUCUGGCCAUGUCAACCUGAAGGACAGACUGACAAUUGAGUUACACCCCGAUGGGCGUCAUGGAAUCGUCAGAGUGGACCGGGUCCCACUGGCCUCAAAAUUGGUAGAUCUGCCCUGUGUUAUGGAGAGUUUGAAAACCAUUGAUAAAAAAACCUUUUACAAGACAGCUGAUAUCUGUCAGAUGCUCGUCUCUACAGUUGAUGGUGAUCUCUAUCCCCCUGUGGAGGAACCAGCUGCUACUGCUGAUCCCAAAGCAAGCAAGAAAAAGGAUAAGGACAAAGAGAAGAAGUUUAUAUGGAACCAUGGAAUUACUCUGCCUCUAAAAAAUGUCCGAAAGAGAAGGUUCCGAAAGACAGCAAAGAAGAAGUACAUUGAGUCUCCGGAUGUGGAAAAAGAAGUGAAGCGCUUGCUGAGCACAGAUGCCGAAGCUGUCAGUACCCGCUGGGAAAUAAUUGCUGAAGAUGAAACAAAAGAAACAGAAAAUCAAGGCCUUGAUAUCUCUUCCCCAGGAAUGUCUGGCCACAGGCAGGGCCAUGACUCACUGGAACACGAUGAGCUUCGGGAGAUAUUCAAUGACCUCAGCAGCAGCAGUGAGGAUGAAGAUGAGACACAGCAUCAAGAUGAAGAAGAUAUAAACAUCAUCGACACGGAGGAAGAUCUGGAAAGGCAGCUACAGGACAAGCUCAAUGAAUCAGAUGAACAGCACCAAGAAAAUGAGGGAACCAAUCAGCUGGUGAUGGGAAUUCAGAAACAGAUUGAUAACAUGAAAGGCAAGCUCCAAGAGACCCAGGACAGGGCAAAGCGACAGGAGGAUCUGAUCAUGAAGGUGGAAAAUCUGGCUCUCAAGAACAGAUUUCAGGCCGUGCUGGAUGAACUGAAACAAAAGGAAGACCGAGAAAAGGAGCAGCUCAGCUCUUUGCAGGAGGAGCUAGAAUCACUCCUGGAGAAGUGAGGAGAGCUUUGAUACUUAAUUUCAUUCCUCAGAGUAGUCGGCAUUGAAAGAAAAAUUUUGGUUUCAUCACCUGGACUAGGUACUAUAUAACUUUGCAGUAGUUGCCAUUUUCUUCACUGCCUUCUAUUGGGUUUGUCAUAUCGACAGAUAUAAAUGUGAAUUUCUUUCUCAUUUGUCUUUAAGAACCACUUUUUUAGGUGUUUGUCGUGUAGGAAGUAGGAUGUAUAGACAGAGAAAUGUAAGGAAGUUGUAGGAUUAGUGGAGGGAAGAGUUCAACUUACUGAUUAAUCACAGCUUCACUGCAGGACUUUGCUACUGUUUCUCAGUUUACCAGAAGUUGCCAUUGCUAUUCUGUGAUGCCAUCUGAGAUAAUUAGAGUCUAGUCUAAAGGCAGUGAAGCUUGUUUGCAUAUGUUUUCCCAUGCUGUAGCUAUCUUUCUGCUCUUCAAAGCAGUUAAUCAUAUGUAGCAUUGCAAAUCAUUUUCAUAGUUGUUUGACCACAAGAAAUAAAAACAAGUGAUUUUCACCUCAUAAUGUGUCUUUUUUAGGGGAAGGGGGUAUCAGGUCCUCUUCUGAGGUGGUAUUUUAGUGGGAUUUAAUGGACUGACCAAUCGGAUUCUUUUUUGUAGGAAAAGAAACAGUUAUAUUUUAAGAAAAAGAGGAACACAGCAGGGGAAAGAAAUUGGGAAAUUCAUAUGCAGUAUGUUUCCAACCCCCCUGCUCCAUUUUGAGGAAAUAGAGAAACUUCCUAAAUUUUUUUUCAGCCUGAUCUCAGUGUUUUCAAUCCAUACUGAGCUUGUUUACAUUUUUUCAAGGAGUUUAAUUACUCCUCUUCCUCUACAAUAGUCUACUGGGAUAAAUACUCUGUUACUCAUCUAUCGUAGGAGAGUGUAAGUUACUGUUGCUCUGUGUUCACCAGGCUGUAAAUUCCCUGAGAUUAGGCACUUGCCUUGUUAGUCACUGUAAACUUACUAAAGAAUAGUAAGUUCAAGGGAUACAGUGCCUGGAUUUGUAUCCUAGUUCAGUGACCUAGUUAGGUGAUCUUGGGCAAGUAAAUUAACCUGUUUGCCUCAAUUUCCUCAUCUCUAAAAUGGAGACGAUAAUCUCCCUCAGGACCCUUGAGUUGUGGCAAUUGAGUUGAUACUUAGAAAGGAUUUAGAACAGUUCCUGGAAAAAAAGCAAAUUAUUAUUGCCUAUUUACUGGGGUUGGAACAUAACAGAUCAGAGAAUGAUUUGAAUUAAAGAGUGACCAAAAUGGUAGAAAGUGUGGAAAGAAACAGCUCGUUUGGAGUUCCCGCUGUAGCCAAACGGGAUUGGCAGAGUCUUGGGAGCACUGGGAUGCAGGUUUGAUUCCUGGUGUGGCACAGAGGCUUAGAGGAUCUUCGGUGUUGAUCUGAUCCUUGCCUUGGCCUGGGAACUGCAUAUGCCAAAGGUCAGCCAAAAAAAAA